AUGAACACAGGCAGGAUGAGACAUCAAGAGCUUAGCUUCGCUGUUACAUUUGUGAUCAUCUUUAUCUUAGUAUUGGGGUUCCUGUUUAAGGAGACAUCUCAGCAAGGGCGUGCAAAAUAUGGAAUAGGAAGUUCUGCAUCAGAGUGUGUUUCUCCUGCUUUGUUUGAUCUAGGUUAUCCAGGUUGCUGUCCUUAUAAAGUAUGUCCUGCAGACCACUUCUCCUUCUUUCUGCGUAGUGGAGCAGCCAAUGCGGUUGGGCCAAAGAUCUGUUUUAACAACAGGAUUGUUAUGUCAGGAGGACAAAACAAUGUUGGAUGGGGUAUAAACAUUGUGAUAGUGGAUGGCAAAACUGGGAGCAUAUUGCAGAGUGACUUCUUUGAGCUCUAUUCUGAAGGAUUGUAUAACGUUCUAAAGACGAUACAAAAAGGAAAUAUAGUUUUAGUAGCCUCAUUUGCAGACCCUUCUGUACAGUUAACUGAUGAAGUCAGAGAGAUAUUUGCUGGCAUGGGUAGCAGUCUGGUCUACUCUGUGAAGUACCGGGACAGCUGGGUGUUUGCAGGCGCAGGUGGACUAAAUAAAGAGAGUCCUUUUGAGAAGCUCAUCGUGAAUGAUCAGAAGACGAAUGCAUAUGGAGAUUGGCCAGAGAUGGGGGAGCUUGGUGGCUGCUUUCCCAGAAAGGUUUGAUCAGCACUAAAUGAGCCUGCUGCACCGGCCACCUGGAGACCAUUAAAAUACAGAACAUUGCAACUGAAGGACGUAAAUCAUAACAUUUUGAACUGUUUCAGAAUAUUCACAUAUGGAUGCUUAGAGGUAUUAUCCAUAUAUUGGCCUUAAUUUUCAAUCUAAAUCUAUAUAAGAAGUAAAUCCUAACCAAUACACACCCACACAUCAGUAACAGGAUUCUUGUAUUUUUUGUAUUACAAAGCAGCUAUUUAAAUAUGAUCAUAUCUUAUUAUAUUGUUUAAUUAGAUUAUCUUCCAAGCCUGUAGAGCUCUGCCCUCGUUUUUGUCCCCACUGGCAUGAAGCCAUGUUUCAGUAACUGUUUUUGGCCUCUGUUGUCCUUGGGGUGUGUUUUAUUUCCUGUGUACAGCAAGUAUAAAAUGAACCCCUCAAUACCCAGACUCAUCUUAGAGGUAGCGGUGUGUGUUAUAGCCAACAUGAAAAUAAGGUAGGAAUUUUUGCUCACAUCUCUGGGUUUGUUCUCCCUGUGCUUCCAGGUUUUCUCCGGUUUGCUCCACUUUCCUCCCCCAGUCUAUUGUAGGUUGAUUGGCAUCUCUGAACUGUCUGUUGUGUGUGUGUGUGUGUGUGCAAUGGGCAGGCAUGUCGUCUUGUGCCCAGAGUCCCCAGGGAUAGAUUACAGGCACCCAGCAACUCUGUGUGGGAUAAGCGCUUCAGUGGAUAGAUGGAUGGAUACGUGGGUGGAUGGAAUUUUUCUCAUUUAUAUAUUAACUAGGUGUAGGAGUAUAAUUUAUACUUGGUUACAUCCAAGGACUAAUUUAAUACUUUAUACUUCUGCUCAUAAUUUUAAUAUUCACCUUUGAGUACAAACUUUAAGUGAAAACUUUGAGUACAGAAGACUAAACAAUGUGUCUAUAAGAACCAUGCAUCAAAUAAAUAAUUUCUGUUCCACAUAAUUAUCAUUUCCGCAAAAAAACAUUUACAGGAUAUAAAUAACUGUGCUUUACAGAUCGUCCUAUUGCUACAAACACAGGUUAUAUCAGGUUGUCUUAUUUUACUUCUUGUGAAUUUCUGCUGUGGCUUAUUUCUCACCUGUAACAUACUGUGCCUUAACAUAUCUUAGUUUAAAGACAGUUUUGCUUCCUGCUCUGCAACAAGAGAAUUGUAGGAAUGCCAACACUUUUGUUAAAAAAAAAAAAAAAAAAAAAAAAAUUGAUGGAGAGAUUGUAUGCCUGUGUAAGUAAUGAGGUGGCUGACAGCCAGCUGGUUCCGCAAGUCUGUUAGGCCAGUUUGAUUCAACUAGAAUGAUGCAUACACACACCCACACACACUUAUUCUCUCACUCACUCCCUCCCUCCCUCUCUACCUCUCCAUGUUUUCUUUCAGCACACUUGGAUGACAUCCUCUUCAUCACUUUUUUUUACUUUUAUAUUUGAAAAUGUCAUAUUUCAGAAACGGCUGAAGAGGCGAAUACAUAACAACAUUACAUUAAUGUCAUUUGCAUUAAUGUAAUGUGAGAUACUUAUUGUGAGAAAAGCUUCCAUUAUGAAAAGAAAAUGAUCUGGAGAUAACCACCACUUGGAUAUAAACAUUUACUGCAUCACGGAUUAAGCCUGUGGCAAUUCACAAAUUUAUGUAAAAAAAUUUCUGAAACUUUUCCCAAAUCCAUUAGAGAAGUUAGAGCGAUGCUAGUGUUUCUGUUCUCUGUUCAAUAUGUUGUCCACGAGCAUUCAGGAUGUGCUCAACCUGUUAUCAGUCCAGGAGCUGCAACUAAUUUGUUUUAAAUACAAGAAUAUUCAUGAAUAUUAGAGUGGACAGGAAUCGGCUUUGUGCGCUAGUCUCUUUGCUGUCAAAAAUAGAAAGUAUAUUGUGCAGGUUUCAGUUAAAUGGUACAAUGUAAUCACUUAAAUUCAGAUUUCUGAUUUAAGCUCUGAUCUGUUGUAAGAUAGAGGGGAACAUUUGGACCAGAACCACCUGCUGUUGCAGCAGACAGAUGAGGGCUAUUAUGAAGAGCUCAUUAAGCUGAAAAACUUGCAUAAAGGCCUACAGGAGCCACUUGGAGUUCCCCCUGGGAGCUGCUCAUCAUUCACAUAAGGGUGCCAAACCCAGCCUAAAUAUGCAAAACACUCCCAAAAAAAUACCACUGAUCAGUAACCCUGAUCAGUAAUGGUGCUGAUUUUUAAUACUCUGUGCUGUAACUUGAAAUUUCAAAAGUGGAUGCGUCAAUUACUUUUCAAGUACAGUUGCUGUACAGUUGCUAAACAUACUUGUUGCAACAUGUUCAUUAUGUGGAUCUGAAUAAAAGAUAGGGUUAUUUUUCAAAGAGCACUGUUGACACUUAACAAUAAUAAUUUAUUUGAUUAAUUAUUUUUCCCCAUCAUAAUUCCUUGAAACAAACCUGUGAUAGGAUUUUCUUUUGCAUCUUAAUGCAAUUUUUUGUCAGAAAUAAGAGACACAAGCAUGUCAAAUAAAAGCAACUCUUUAUGAUCUACGGUCAAAGGAAACUCUUGAAACAUGUUGGAAAAAGUUUCCUUUAAUACUUUAUAUUAGAACUUUAAUAUUUCUUCUAUCAGUUUAAACUUUCUUCAGACAACCAACAGAUCUCACUAAAGUUAUUGCUUUAUAAACAGCUAGAAAACGUCGGAUUAUGGGAAGUCUUCUCAAUAGAGGGCAGUAGUGAAAGUGUACAGUAGGUAUCUCUUUACCCAGCAUCAGUACUCGCUAAUGCUGUUGUGGCUAAAUGGGCAGAGAUCUUCACAGACACCUUUUAAAAUCUAAUAAAUAUCUUCCCAUAAGAGAAAAAAAAAGUUAUUUAAAUACAAGGUCAUCUUAAAUGGAGCUGUGACAAAUAAUGAAGUACAUAGUUCAUGUUUGUAGCAGAUUGCAUUAAAACUGAUUCUAUUUGUUAAAGAAAAACAUUGUUGAAGUUUUUGAGCACCUAAUGAGGACAGUUAUGGGAAAUGGUGUGGAAUAAGCACAACCGGCCAAGAAAGACAUAUUCUCCAUGUAUUACUAUAAAUUCAUUCUUGUCUUCCUUCUUGCUUAAUCCCAUUCUGGGUGCUUUAUUUUUAGCUGCACUCUUUAUGUGCUCAGUGUUGGAUCCAUACAUUUUGGUCCAAUGUUAGCUUUCUCUUUCAUCAUGAACGUAAGACAUACAGAUUUGCCAAAGUUUUCUUAAAUUGAUUACAGCAAUAUACUGCAAGUCUAAAGAAUUUUCAGAUGGCUCUCUUACCUAUUAUCACACUUGCAUUUAAUAGGUGAGAUUGCUGGUGAUACUGCAGAAUAAUUUAACUAACUGGCUGGCUGGCUGGCAGCAUUGCACCUUUAACUUCUCAAAAUGUAUAUAUCAGUGUAUCACUUUUGUAUGUGAAAAUGUAUGUAUGAAAAUUUUAGAUUAAUAUUUAUUAAAUAUAAAAUGGACAUAAAAGAUUUGCAUUUUUUGAACAUAUCAUUUCCAACUCAUUUUCACCCACAAACAUUAACAACCAAUGAAGAUUAACAACUGAGAAAUGAGAUUUGACUAAUAUGUUCUUUUAUAGGCUUCACUGUUCACUAACAAGCAUAUUCCUGCUGUUCUUGGAUGAUGGAUGAGCUCUGCCUCUUCUUGGAUAUUAUGUUUAAAACACAUGACAAACCUUUCCAUUGAUGUCAAUAAAGUUGCAUGAAUGUCUCUUUUUUUUGCUAAAUGUUUUAUGUAAAUUAUUUUUUUUGGUUAAACUAACACU